GGCUACAAAUAAAAAAGCUUUUUUUCUAAAUUGUCCACUUAUAUAUAACACAACAGUUAUCUGUUUUUUAUUAUUAUUAGAGAGCUAAUAUAUAAUUGCAAACAAAGAAGAAAGAGAUUUCACUUUGCUUUCUUCAUAUUCAUAUAUACAUAUUUUGUGAGUAUUUGAUUUGAAAGAAAUAAAGAUGGGAUACUGGAAAGCAAAAGUUCUUCCAAAGAUCAAACAGAUCUUUGAUAAAAAUGGACCCAAGAAGGCUGCUGCUGCUGAGGCAUGCAAAACUUUUGAUGAAGCUAAGGAGGAGUACAAUAAGGAGUUUGAAGAGAAAAAGACUGAGCUACAACCCAAAGUUGUUGAAAUUUAUGAAGCUGCUGCAGUUGAGAUCAAGAGUUUAGUGAAGGAACCAAAGGGUGCAGGGCUGAAGAAAAACUCAGAUGGGGUUCAGAAAUUCCUUGAUGAGCUUGUCAAGAUUGAAUUUCCGGGAUCAAAAGUUGUUAGUGAAGCAAGUUCAAACUUUGGGCCUUCUUAUGUACCCGGCCCAGUUCUCUUUGUGUUCGAAAAAGUCUCCACUUUUAUAGUCACAGAAGAUAAGAAGGAAGAAGAACCCACGGCUGCUGACGUGGCACCUGCUGAUCAACACGCAACAGCCACGCCAGUUGAAGAGGUGGAGGUGAAGGAGAAGGAAAUAGUUAUUGAAGCUGGGGAAUCAAAGAAGGAAGAGGAACCAGCUAUUGCUGACGUGGCAUCUACAACCAAAGUGGAAGAUGCGCCUGCACCUGCUAACGUGGUACCUGCAGUUAAGGUGGAAGAAGCACCUGCAGCCGCAGCAGCACCAGAACCACCAAAGGCUUAAAAAGGUGGUCCAAUGUACUAAAGUUAUCGUUAUGUGUGAGGUUCAAAAAAGACCUGAUGAAUAUAUAUACUUUAAUUUGUCUUUGUGUCUAAAAAUUGCAUUUUAUUUUAUUUUUUUACCUUUUUUAUGUUUCAUGGUUAUGUACUGUGAGAAAAAAAAGACAAAAACUUGAUUUAUUAUUCUUUUGUUAGUGUUCUCUCCUUGUUUAUUUCCUUUGUUACUUUGUACAAUAUUAUAUCAACAAUGUCUUGUGAAUUUUUAUUUAUU